GUGUGUCUGUGUGUUUGUGUGUUGGUCGGAGACAUGGCGACGACUGAUGCUCUGUGCACACUGCAUCUUUUGCUGGUAUGUUUCCUUCAGCCAUGUGUUUCUCAAGGUACACCAUUUCGUGAGUGUCACUGUUCAAGCGGAUGUGACGUCAACGUCCGGUGCACAAGUGGCUGUCUGCAGGGUUGGUCAGGCCCCUCUUGUCAGAUAAAAAACAUAGCUCUGAACAAACCCACUCAACAAACCAGUACUCUCAAUGACUGCCCGUAUGCGACAACAAGCACCAAGAUGAGGGUGUGUGGGGACAAGACUUCCUCCCUGGCAGUGGACGGUGUGGCCAGCAGCAGGUACUGGUCAGGGACGUGUACACACACCAAACAUGGCCAGACAGCUUCAUCACCUACAUGGUGGACAGUGGAUCUUGAAGAGACACACCUCAUCACCAAUCUGACAAUAUUCUUCUCACAUCCACGCAAGUAUCUUUAA